AUGGCUCCUGCCGACAACGACUGCGUUUGGGAGAUCACCUCCCGCUGGGAGGAAAUCCUCGAGUGGUGCACAAUGCUUCCACCAACCUCCCCUGACUCCGCCUCUCCUUCUGGUACUCGGGUCCGGCAAGCUGUGUCGGCUCCAAGCACGCCGUUGCCACGAUCCCGAGCAGUUUCAAUCAGCGGGGAGACUGUUGUCACAACGGAUACACAAUCUGGAGCCUUCACAGAGACCGUGAGGUAUCAGCUCAGAGCCAUCUAUGAUAAGAAACGGCAAUGCUGGGUUUGUCGAGAAGAGGAAGCAGACUGCGCCCAUGUCUUUGCGAAAGAAGACGGCCAAGCAGAUCUAUGGGCAAAGAUAGGCCUGAUCCCCCCAGGGGCCAACCUCAAGGCAAAGGAGAAUGCGAUUUUUCUCUGCAAACUCUGCCACUACCGUUUUGAUAAUGCCUCACACCCAGGGCUUGUCUUCUUCCCUGUUGACCUGGAAUUUUUCAUUGAAUUCGAGAAGGCCGACCAAGCCCGCCGUAAGGAAGCGGCACAGACUGGCGCGCCUAUCCGCCGUCGCACACCAUCGGCAGCGGAAUAUAAGAAUCACCAGAUGAAACAAGCCUUGGUUGAGCCACACUCGAUUGGGGGUCUAUAUCGCACCGUCAUGUUGGUACCGUUCCUUUCCAGGGAACUUCCCAAACAGGUCAGCGGUGUGAUCAUUGAAGACCGCACCAAGGUCAGGGAAUGGCACGGCGAGCCAAUGUAUACGCUCCGCCGCGCGUUCCAACUCCUGGGAAACAUCCAGAACAGGUUGCUGGCCCCUGGGAUCAAAAAACAGCUGCAAGAGCUGAUGGAGCUCUACACCAGCGAUCAGAUUGAGGAUGACGACGAUGAUUCAGACUUUGAUUUUGAAAUGAGUCGCGCCAAUCGGUUCGACAGGGGCACCAAACGUCCAUAUCCAGGACCUGAUGAUACAGGCAAUGCCGGACCUCACGGUGAUGUCCGUGGAAACCCGGAUGAGGAUGAAGGCCCCGGUGACCCGCAGCUAUGCCCGGAGGGUGGGCAGAAUGAUUUUGGUGUAUCGGCGAAAAGAGUCAAGCGCGGCUGUCGCUCAGUCGACGAGACCGUUUUGCCGGAGCAUCAUCACCUGAUCCUGACUCCGCAUCGUACAUUGUCACGCCGAUGGCAAUUGGGACCUCUCUCGACAGCUGAGGAUGCAAUUCGCAUCCGCACGCAGUUGAUGGCACCGGCGUGA